AUGUCUAGCAAAGCAGACGUGGAGAGUCAGCGACAGUUUAAGGCCUCUGUCCCAGUCGCACUCGGGCGGCGCAAACCACGUCGGAAGCCCAAGGCUGGCUCCAAAGAUGACGAGGAACCAAUAGCCAACAUGCCACAACAGCUAGUUGCCAGAGCCGUUGCACCCUACUCUCCUCGGUCUGAACUGGAAGAUUCAUAUCUGCGGUUCCUUAUAUACCACUCGUCAGACGUCACGGUAGUCUGUGCACGUACCCUGACUUGCGUUGGUCCUCGAUUCGAAUGGUACCCUUUGGCUGUUCGAGACGAUGCCUUCUUCCAUUCGCUCAUGGCCUCUACCUCUUCCCACGCCUCAUACCUGCAGCAUCACGAAGUGCCCCAAGAUUACUUCUAUCACAGAGGGGUUGCUAUUCGGCUUCUGAAUGAACGACUGGCGAGGGGAGAUCAUGAUCUGGGAACUAUCAAUACCGUGUGUGUCUUUGCUCAGCAAGAGGCAUUUGGAAAUAGACCCAGGACGGCCAAAACCCAUAUGACGGGGCUUUUGCAGCUUAUCAGAGCUUCGGGUGGAAUAGAGGGUCUUAAAUCCGAUCUGAAAACGCUACGACAUAUGUAUUUUACGGACCUAGCAGGCGCCAUUACUCUUUCCGCAAAACCAAUACUGGAACCUUCCAUAAAUAUUUCUGACUUCGAGACUUACUUCGGGCAACCAAGUGCUAAUACUAUUUCCUACGCACAAACAUUUCGCACACGAUUAUAUAAUUUCACAAAUUCUCAUUUGUCGAACAUAGCAGCGACGGCAUUAUGGGGCCUUCGAAACAUAACAAAACUGAGGGACGAUUUCCAUGAAGGCACUGGCUCUCCAGAUACCGAGCUUUCCACUGACGUCCAGUUUACGGAUCGAGUAGAGGUUCUCGAGAGGCUAGUUCAUCAACUCUGGUAUGUGGAAGACGCACACAAUGAACAGCAUGCGAUAUUCCGGACCUUUGGAUGGACUUGUCUGAUUUAUAUAUACACCAUCUUGAGAGAACUUCCAAAAGAACUGGCGAUCAACACUAUGCUCGCUGGGAGAAUUAAAAGCACAUUGGAGUCACGAAUGGAACUCAAUGUGCUCCUGGCAACGUUCAAUGACCUGUUUUUGUGGGAGAUGUUUGUUUGCGGUCGGGUUGCAGACGGCAGAAACAAGACUUUCUUUGCAAGUAAAGCUACGAAGAUCUUGAUAAGUCGAAAGCUAGAACAUCAGGAAGGUAUACUGAGUGCUGCGGAAGCAUUUCUUUGGCCAGAAAGGCAUGUUUCCGGCACUCCUUCGAGUGGUGCAGGCAAUGGGCACGAUCAUGAAAUGACAGACGAAUAA